AUGGAUGAUGAUGAUGAUGAUGAUGAUGAUGAUGAUGAUGAUGAUGAUGAUGAUGAUGAUGAUGAUGAUGAUGAUGAUGAUGAUGAUGAUGAUGAUGAUGAUGAUGAUGAUGAUGAUGAUGAUGAUGAUGAUGAUGAUGAUGAUGAUGAUGAUGAUGAUGAUGAUGAUGAUGAUGAUGAUGAUGAUGAUGAUGAUGAUGAUGAUGAUGAUGAUGAUGAUGAUGAUGAUGAUGAUGAUGAUGAUGAUGAUGAUGAUGAUGAUGAUGAUGAUGAUGAUGAUGAUGAUGAUGAUGAUGAUGAUGAUGAUGAUGAUGAUGAUGAUGAUGAUGAUGAUGAUGAUGAUGAUGAUGAUGAUGAUGAUGAUGAUGAUGAUGAUGAUGAUGAUGAUGAUGAUGAUGAUGAUGAUGAUGAUGAUGAUGAUGAUGAUGAUGAUGAUGAUGAUGAUGAUGAUGAUGAUGAUGAUGAUGAUGAUGAUGAUGAUGAUGAUGAUGAUGAUGAUGAUGAUGAUGAUGAUGAUGAUGAUGAUGAUGAUGAUGAUGAUGAUGAUGAUGAUGAUGAUGAUGAUGAUGAUGAUGAUGAUGAUGAUGAUGAUGAUGAUGAUGAUGAUGAUGAUGAUGAUGAUGAUGAUGAUGAUGAUGAUGAUGAUGAUGAUGAUGAUGAUGAUGAUGAUGAUGAUGAUGAUGAUGAUGAUGAUGAUGAUGAUGAUGAUGAUGAUGAUGAUGAUGAUGAUGAUGAUGAUGAUGAUGAUGAUGAUGAUGAUGAUGAUGAUGAUGAUGAUGAUGAUGAUGAUGAUGAUGAUGAUGAUGAUGAUGAUGAUGAUGAUGAUGAUGAUGAUGAUGAUGAUGAUGAUGAUGAUGAUGAUGAUGAUGAUGAUGAUGAUGAUGAUGAUGAUGAUGAUGAUGAUGAUGAUGAUGAUGAUGAUGAUGAUGAUGAUGAUGAUGAUGAUGAUGAUGAUGAUGAUGAUGAUGAUGAUGAUGAUGAUGAUGAUGAUGAUGAUGAUGAUGAUGAUGAUGAUGAUGAUGAUGAUGAUGAUGAUGAUGAUGAUGAUGAUGAUGAUGAUGAUGAUGAUGAUGAUGAUGAUGAUGAUGAUGAUGAUGAUGAUGAUGAUGAUGAUGAUGAUGAUGAUGAUGAUGAUGAUGAUGAUGAUGAUGAUGAUGAUGAUGAUGAUGAUGAUGAUGAUGAUGAUGAUGAUGAUGAUGAUGAUGAUGAUGAUGAUGAUGAUGAUGAUGAUGAUGAUGAUGAUGAUGAUGAUGAUGAUGAUGAUGAUGAUGAUGAUGAUGAUGAUGAUGAUGAUGAUGAUGAUGAUGAUGAUGAUGAUGAUGAUGAUGAUGAUGAUGAUGAUGAUGAUGAUGAUGAUGAUGAUGAUGAUGAUGAUGAUGAUGAUGAUGAUGAUGAUGAUGAUGAUGAUGAUGAUGAUGAUGAUGAUGAUGAUGAUGAUGAUGAUGAUGAUGAUGAUGAUGAUGAUGAUGAUGAUGAUGAUGAUGAUGAUGAUGAUGAUGAUGAUGAUGAUGAUGAUGAUGAUGAUGAUGAUGAUGAUGAUGAUGAUGAUGAUGAUGAUGAUGAUGAUGAUGAUGAUGAUGAUGAUGAUGAUGAUGAUGAUGAUGAUGAUGAUGAUGAUGAUGAUGAUGAUGAUGAUGAUGAUGAUGAUGAUGAUGAUGAUGAUGAUGAUGAUGAUGAUGAUGAUGAUGAUGAUGAUGAUGAUGAUGAUGAUGAUGAUGAUGAUGAUGAUGAUGAUGAUGAUGAUGAUGAUGAUGAUGAUGAUGAUGAUGAUGAUGAUGAUGAUGAUGAUGAUGAUGAUGAUGAUGAUGAUGAUGAUGAUGAUGAUGAUGAUGAUGAUGAUGAUGAUGAUGAUGAUGAUGAUGAUGAUGAUGAUGAUGAUGAUGAUGAUGAUGAUGAUGAUGAUGAUGAUGAUGAUGAUGAUGAUGAUGAUGAUGAUGAUGAUGAUGAUGAUGAUGAUGAUGAUGAUGAUGAUGAUGAUGAUGAUGAUGAUGAUGAUGAUGAUGAUGAUGAUGAUGAUGAUGAUGAUGAUGAUGAUGAUGAUGAUGAUGAUGAUGAUGAUGAUGAUGAUGAUGAUGAUGAUGAUGAUGAUGAUGAUGAUGAUGAUGAUGAUGAUGAUGAUGAUGAUGAUGAUGAUGAUGAUGAUGAUGAUGAUGAUGAUGAUGAUGAUGAUGAUGAUGAUGAUGAUGAUGAUGAUGAUGAUGAUGAUGAUGAUGAUGAUGAUGAUGAUGAUGAUGAUGAUGAUGAUGAUGAUGAUGAUGAUGAUGAUGAUGAUGAUGAUGAUGAUGAUGAUGAUGAUGAUGAUGAUGAUGAUGAUGAUGAUGAUGAUGAUGAUGAUGAUGAUGAUGAUGAUGAUGAUGAUGAUGAUGAUGAUGAUGAUGAUGAUGAUGAUGAUGAUGAUGAUGAUGAUGAUGAUGAUGAUGAUGAUGAUGAUGAUGAUGAUGAUGAUGAUGAUGAUGAUGAUGAUGAUGAUGAUGAUGAUGAUGAUGAUGAUGAUGAUGAUGAUGAUGAUGAUGAUGAUGAUGAUGAUGAUGAUGAUGAUGAUGAUGAUGAUGAUGAUGAUGAUGAUGAUGAUGAUGAUGAUGAUGAUGAUGAUGAUGAUGAUGAUGAUGAUGAUGAUGAUGAUGAUGAUGAUGAUGAUGAUGAUGAUGAUGAUGAUGAUGAUGAUGAUGAUGAUGAUGAUGAUGAUGAUGAUGAUGAUGAUGAUGAUGAUGAUGAUGAUGAUGAUGAUGAUGAUGAUGAUGAUGAUGAUGAUGAUGAUGAUGAUGAUGAUGAUGAUGAUGAUGAUGAUGAUGAUGAUGAUGAUGAUGAUGAUGAUGAUGAUGAUGAUGAUGAUGAUGAUGAUGAUGAUGAUGAUGAUGAUGAUGAUGAUGAUGAUGAUGAUGAUGAUGAUGAUGAUGAUGAUGAUGAUGAUGAUGAUGAUGAUGAUGAUGAUGAUGAUGAUGAUGAUGAUGAUGAUGAUGAUGAUGAUGAUGAUGAUGAUGAUGAUGAUGAUGAUGAUGAUGAUGAUGAUGAUGAUGAUGAUGAUGAUGAUGAUGAUGAUGAUGAUGAUGAUGAUGAUGAUGAUGAUGAUGAUGAUGAUGAUGAUGAUGAUGAUGAUGAUGAUGAUGAUGAUGAUGAUGAUGAUGAUGAUGAUGAUGAUGAUGAUGAUGAUGAUGAUGAUGAUGAUGAUGAUGAUGAUGAUGAUGAUGAUGAUGAUGAUGAUGAUGAUGAUGAUGAUGAUGAUGAUGAUGAUGAUGAUGAUGAUGAUGAUGAUGAUGAUGAUGAUGAUGAUGAUGAUGAUGAUGAUGAUGAUGAUGAUGAUGAUGAUGAUGAUGAUGAUGAUGAUGAUGAUGAUGAUGAUGAUGAUGAUGAUGAUGAUGAUGAUGAUGAUGAUGAUGAUGAUGAUGAUGAUGAUGAUGAUGAUGAUGAUGAUGAUGAUGAUGAUGAUGAUGAUGAUGAUGAUGAUGAUGAUGAUGAUGAUGAUGAUGAUGAUGAUGAUGAUGAUGAUGAUGAUGAUGAUGAUGAUGAUGAUGAUGAUGAUGAUGAUGAUGAUGAUGAUGAUGAUGAUGAUGAUGAUGAUGAUGAUGAUGAUGAUGAUGAUGAUGAUGAUGAUGAUGAUGAUGAUGAUGAUGAUGAUGAUGAUGAUGAUGAUGAUGAUGAUGAUGAUGAUGAUGAUGAUGAUGAUGAUGAUGAUGAUGAUGAUGAUGAUGAUGAUGAUGAUGAUGAUGAUGAUGAUGAUGAUGAUGAUGAUGAUGAUGAUGAUGAUGAUGAUGAUGAUGAUGAUGAUGAUGAUGAUGAUGAUGAUGAUGAUGAUGAUGAUGAUGAUGAUGAUGAUGAUGAUGAUGAUGAUGAUGAUGAUGAUGAUGAUGAUGAUGAUGAUGAUGAUGAUGAUGAUGAUGAUGAUGAUGAUGAUGAUGAUGAUGAUGAUGAUGAUGAUGAUGAUGAUGAUGAUGAUGAUGAUGAUGAUGAUGAUGAUGAUGAUGAUGAUGAUGAUGAUGAUGAUGAUGAUGAUGAUGAUGAUGAUGAUGAUGAUGAUGAUGAUGAUGAUGAUGAUGAUGAUGAUGAUGAUGAUGAUGAUGAUGAUGAUGAUGAUGAUGAUGAUGAUGAUGAUGAUGAUGAUGAUGAUGAUGAUGAUGAUGAUGAUGAUGAUGAUGAUGAUGAUGAUGAUGAUGAUGAUGAUGAUGAUGAUGAUGAUGAUGAUGAUGAUGAUGAGAUGAUGAUGAUGAUGAUGAUGAUGAUGAUGAUGAUGAUGAUGAUGAUGAUGAUGAUGAUGAUGAUGAUGAUGAUGAUGAUGAUGAUGAUGAUGAUGAUGAUGAUGAUGAUGAUGAUGAUGAUGAUGAUGAUGAUGAUGAUGAUGAUGAUGAUGAUGAUGAUGAUGAUGAUGAUGAUGAUGAUGAUGAUGAUGAUGAUGAUGAUGAUGAUGAUGAUGAUGAUGAUGAUGAUGAUGAUGAUGAUGAUGAUGAUGUGA